UCUAAGUGAAAAGAUCGCUAUUAAAUGAAAUAAAUAUAUAUUUAAAAAUUAUUAUAAUUAAAAAAACUCCGUACAAUGUACAAGGAGUUAGUAUUUUUGUGUUGUGCGAUUGCAUUUAUAUUAGUUUCAACAACAGAAGCUAAAGGAGGAAGAGGCGGUGGCAGCAGAAGUAGUGGAAGGAGUAGUAGCAGAAGUUCCAGUGGAGGUGGAGGAUUUUUCAGUAGCGGUAGUAGCAGUAAAAGUUCCAGUGGAAGCGGGGGAUUCUUCAGUAGCAGUAGUGGUAGCAAAAGUUCUAGUGGAAGCGGGGGAUUUUUCGGCAGAGGUAGUAGUAGCAAAAGUUCCAGUGGAAGCGGGGGAUUAUUCAGUAGCAGUAGUGGUAGCAAAAGUUCCAGUGGAAAAGGAGGAUUUUCAAGUAGCGGUAGUAGUGGAAGUUAUAAAAGUAGUAGUAUUGGUGGUAACAGUGGAAACAGCUUUAGUGGAGGCUGGUUUCAUGGUUUCUUUCACAACACACCUUAUCGUUACACCUACAGACCAACCCAUAUAGUCUAUGGUGGUAGUACUAGUAGUAGUAGUUCAAAUACAGAAUCAUAUCAGACGCCAAUCCAAGAGGAAGAAGUAGAACCGAAAAAGGAAACUAGUGACUAUGCCGUAGGCUAUUCCAUAAGCAAAGCUUUAAGCAGUGACUUUUUCUCCAUUUUUAAUGUGGUGCAUGAUGUUUCAAAAUAUCCUCAGAAAAUCCGAAAUAAAGAGCUACUAACAACAACGACCCAAAGUCCGGUGGCGACAUAUGAUUUAAAUUAUAUUGUGAAUACACCCUACACAACAACUAGUACAACUUAUGGCCUUGAGCCAAAACCAUAUUUUCCUGAUGACAAUACCCUUAUCGAUAAGGUGGACUCUAAUAAGGAUCUAGAAACCAACGAUGCAAUUCAAGAAAGUGUUGGAAAUUUGGAAAAAGUUUCUGAAGUGACAUCUACAGAAACCACUACAAUGAAGGCUAAAACAAAUACGCAUUCUCCUGAUUGGAUGAACCCUAAUAAUAUGCUUGGUAUUGAUGAGAACAUUCAGAAACAACUUGUGGAAAUGCAUUCCAAUAUAGCUAGAAAUGAUUUGCAAGUACCAUCUACAGAAAGUACUACAAUAAAAGUUGAUACAACAUCAUAUUCUCCUGAUGACAAUACAGACUCUAAAAAAAGAGUUAUACUUGAUGACAGUAUUAUGAAAGAUCUUGAGGAAGGUUCGUUUUACGCAACAAAGGAAUCAAUUGAUGACAUGAUUAAACGAAUAGAGAGCAGAUUUAGUUCAUAUCGCUUAUUUCCGUAACUAUAAUUUUUAUUUUAAUUGUUUGAAUACUGUGAACCAUAGAAUAAACACAUGCAUAGAAGUAGUAAGAAAUAUCAAUGGAACAAAA